AUGUCAGUAGUAGAUGAACCUCUGAACCUUGUUCUAGAUUGUGGCAGCUCGUCUAUUCAAGCAGGUUUUGCAGGAGAUGAUGCUCCACGUGCAGUCUUUUCUUCUUGUAUCGGGACAGCAAAAUAUUUACCAGCCAUGAUCUGUCCAAGUCAACGAUCAACCUAUAUUGGUGAUGAAGCAAAGAAUCACAGUAGAAGAGGAAUAUUAAAUCUUCACUAUCCUAUUCAGAAUGGAAUUGUUAAAAAUUGGGAUUUGAUGGAUAUAUUAUUGGAAUUUACGUUUUUUAAUGAAUUGAAAUUAAGUCAAGAGCAUAUUCGUGGAAGUAAUGUUUUAUUUUCAGAUGCAGUAAUGAAUCCAAAUUCUAAUUCUGAAAAACUAGUGGAAUAUUGUUUUGAAAAGUUUGAAAUGAGAGGAGUUCACAAGACACCAGCUCCUGUUCUUGCUGUUUAUGCAUCUGGGAGAGGAACAGCAUUGAGUAUGUGUUUAGGAGAUGGUGUAAUUCAAAUUCAACCUGUUUUUCAGGGAUAUACAUUUGCAGAAUCAACUUUAAGAUUUAAUUUCGGAGGAUCAAAUAUGGUUGAUUAUAUGAUUCAUUUGUUGAAGGAGAGUAAGGGAAUGAAUUUAACAAAUCAAAGAUCAAUUGUGGAGGAAAUGAUUAAGAAAGUUUGUUAUAUAGCAUUGGAUUAUGAUAAAGAGUAUGAAAAAACUCAAUGUUCUAGUGAAUUAGAUAUGGAAUAUGAACUACCAGAUGGUCAAGUGUUGAAUCUAUCUCACGAACGGUUUGCAUGUCCAGAAAUAUUAUUCAAUCCCACAAUAAUUGGGAAAGAAAUACCAGGAAUUGGUGAAAUAUUUUUUAAUUCCAUUGCAGCAACUGACAAUGACAAUAGAAAGGAUUUAUAUGGAAAUUUAUUAAUUGGAGGUGGUUUAUCGUUAACAGAAGGAAUGGCAGAAAGAUUGACCAAAGAAGUGGUAGCUCUCAGCCCAACAGCCAUGAAAAUUAAGGUUGUGGCUCCACCAGAGAGAAAGUACUCUAACUGGAUUGGUGGCUCGAUCCUGGCGAGUCUUUCAACCUUUCAACAUAUGUGGAUAACGAAUGAAGAAUACGAAGAGGCUGGCCCUUGCAUUGUGCACAGAAAAUGUUUCUAA